GGAGAAAGAGAAACCGCAUAGAGGCUGGCGGAGGAUUGGAUUGAGCGCCAACGCAGACGGGUGUCAGAACCGCCACGCACGCGCAGUCAGUAUCUUCCUUCGGCCGGCUCGGGCCUUUCUGCCCGCCAGCGCCAUCUUGAGAGGACAAGCGGGGACAAGGGGGCCUUGUUGUCCGCCGCGGAUCCCUUAGGCUCGGGAUCUCUCUCGCGAGCGGACUCGACCCACGGGUCGGCGCCGUUAUUGGACCUGGACGGGCACGGCUGAGGAGAACGAGCCGUCGCCAUGGAGGACGAAAUGCCCAAGACCCUGUAUGUGGGGAAUCUAUCAAGAGAUGUUACUGAAGCUCUGAUUCUCCAGCUGUUCAGCCAGAUUGGACCAUGCAAAAACUGCAAAAUGAUAAUGGAUACAGCUGGAAAUGAUCCAUACUGUUUUGUGGAGUUCUAUGAGCAUCGUCAUGCAGCUGCAGCUUUAGCUGCUAUGAAUGGACGGAAGAUAAUGGGUAAGGAAGUCAAAGUGAACUGGGCAACAACCCCCAGCAGCCAGAAGAAAGAUACCAGCAGUAGUACCGUUGUCAACACACUGCGUUCACAAGACCACUUCCAUGUCUUUGUUGGAGACCUCAGCCCAGAAAUUACAACUGAAGACAUAAAAGCAGCAUUUGCACCAUUUGGAAGAAUAUCGGAUGCGCGAGUUGUGAAGGACAUGGCAACAGGAAAAUCUAAAGGAUAUGGCUUUGUUUCUUUCUUCAAUAAAUGGGAUGCCGAAAAUGCUAUUCAGCAGAUGGGCGGACAGUGGCUUGGUGGAAGACAAAUAAGGACUAACUGGGCAACGCGCAAACCUCCAGCUCCAAAGAAUACAUAUGAGUCAAAUGCCAAACAGCUUUCCUAUGAUGAUGUUGUAAAUCAGUCCAGUCCAAGCAAUUGCACUGUGUACUGUGGUGGUGUUACUUCAGGACUAACAGAACAGCUGAUGCGACAGACGUUUUCUCCAUUCGGACAGAUAAUGGAAAUUCGGGUCUUCCCAGAUAAAGGGUACUCCUUUGUGCGGUUCAAUUCUCAUGAAAGUGCUGCACAUGCAAUUGUUUCAGUCAAUGGCACAACCAUAGAGGGGCAUGUUGUGAAGUGUUAUUGGGGCAAAGAAACGCCAGAUAUGAUCAAUCCAAUCCAGCAGCAGAAUCAAGUGGGAUAUCCACCCCCUUAUGGGCAAUGGGGCCAGUGGUAUGGAAAUGCACAACAGAUUGGUCAGUACAUGCCUAACGGCUGGCAAGUUCCUGCAUAUGGAAUGUAUGGACAAGCAUGGAAUCAGGGAUUUAAUCAGACGCAGACUUCUGCAGCAUGGAUGGGUGCAAGCUACGGUGUACCACCCCCUCCACCACCCCCUCCACCACCUCCCCAGGGACAGAAUGGAAGUGUUCUAACUAGUCAAACUGGAUAUCGGAUGGCAGGUUUUGAAACGCAGUGAGAGAGACGGACUCUGGAACAGAAACAACUGGUGGCUCUGAGACUAAAUGGAGCAUUGUAAAUCCUUUGUUUACUUUUAAAAAAUCUAUCCAAUCAAGUCAGUGCAAAUGUCAGAAACAGUAUUUAUUUUUAAUCAUGAAACGUUUAUCCACAUUUUUUUUUUAAACACACACACAACGGGAAAUACUAGAUGCUGGAUAUCUGCCAACUUUUGCCUUCUUUUCCUCUUUUGAGAUGUGUUUCUUAAGAUCCUUGUUUGAAACACAACUAAUGCAGGGAUUUCUGCCACUUUUAGAUUGGGGCAGAAAAUUGCACAAUAUCAGACUUUUUUUUCCACUGAAGUAGCGUGCAGUUCUAGUUUGCAUUCCUAGUAUGAUUUUAAAAUGUGUAUAUGAAAGCAGUUCUACAAAAAUCCACGCCAAAACUGUGUGAAUCCUGAAGAUUUAUUGUGAUCUUCAGCUUGUGCACAAUUCUGUUUUAAAGAGAGCCUAUUGUAUAAAGUGUCCAUCUCCUCACUUUUGUUAUACGGGGGUUUCAAAUAUAACUUAUUGGUUUACAUUAUUUUGUAUCUAGACAUUUUUCAAAAAGUGGUUUUUGCCUUACUGUUAGCUAUUAAAUUAUUAAAUGGGGGUGGGGACAGGGAAUUGAUCAACAAAACUAGUUGAGUGGGGCACUCUGAUGGAUCCAAUUCUUCACGUUGUUAACUGUUUCAUUGUUAAACUUGAGAAGGUGCCUGGGAAAUCCCUGUUGGAUUUGCUUCAAGAUCUUUUAUCUUCAUUGAUGAAUUUCAGCCCAGUUUCAAAUACUGCUAAAAAUGUGACAUUCUUAUGAACCAGCUUUUUAAAAAAAUCUGUCAGUUUUUACAUUUAACAUGUAUCCUUUCUCAUGUAAACUAUUUUAGCAAAUUAAUAUUUUUCACAAAAGUU